GGAGUGACUCCGUCGCCGUCAAAGUCAUUACGCCUUGAAUUGGCGCACUUCCAUUCUAUUUUCGUAUAAGAAGACUCAAAUCUCUACAUACCCGACUCAAAAAGCUCUCUUGUUUCUUCAAAACAUCAACAUAAGUGUAAGUUAAUAAACAUUGACUUCACGUAAAAUUUAAGUUAAAUACAUACACGUGACGUUGUGGGCUUAUCCAUUUCAUGGUUGUUUUGUGUGAUCUCACUGAAAAUUAGUUCUCACACAACAGAAACAAUAGUCAAUAGCAAAUGCUUCAAAGUGCCUCAGUGCAGUAUCAACAAUCUUUCUUUCCACAAACAAUAAUAACAAGGAACAACCUGAGCGAUGCAACUGUGAACUCGACAUCAGUCGAAAGCUUCAAGGCUGCCCUGGCAUCAGCUAGGAGCUAUUAGAAUAGCAACAUCAUACCCCCAACCGUUGCAAAAAUGCCAGUACAUGGAUACAGCAACGAAACAUUACCAGAACACUGUUCUUGAUUUUUAUUUUAAUUAAUAGAUUAAGAUUUAUUAACAAUAAAGAGUAGUCUACUGAGUAGUAUUUAAAUAAUUUAAUAGUCAAUAGUACUACUUACUACUAACUUAGGUAUACUGCCAAAGUCUAUAGCCUAUGACUAUGUCCAAUGCCUAAAAUUAAAAUCUAAAAAUCUAAGUCUCUCAAGUGAAGUCAGUAAGUGUAGUGUAAGUCCUAGCCUAGACGUUUUGUCUGAUUAGUUAAACUUUAAAUUUAAAAUUCAAGUCAAGCAAAAGUAUAUUAUUAUUAUAAAUUAAAUUUUCAACAAUGAUAUGAACUAUAACACUGCUAAAAAAAGCUAUUGUAAUAUAAAUAUUUAAUUACAAAUUACAACACAGUUUCUGACAGUGAGUUCAGUAGGAGGGGUUAGGUUAGGGUGACCAAAUCAUGAGCAGGAAAAAAUGGGACACACCCAAGGAGGUUUUUUGGGGGGAUACCAGAGGUGUAGUGAAGGGGGGCAGGGGUACAGAUGUUCCCGGGUGCCAGCUAAUUAGGGGUUAAAAAAUGUGCUAUAUUAUUAUUUUAUUGAUGAAAAUAAUGGGUUUGAGAGUUGAAAAAAGAAAGGGGCGCAUAAAAAUGAAUCUUGUCCCCGGGCGCAAACACUCUCGCUAUGCCUAUGGGGGAUACCCUCUAGCUAAAGAGGGGGCCUCCGCCAAAAACUGUUUAUUGAAAUGUGUUAAUUUUAACUAUUUUGAGACCUAGAAAUCUUUUUAAGUUUACCUUCACCAUUUUUAUAAUUUAAUUUAAACUCUGGGGAAUGUCAUAAACAAAAACAAUAAUUUUGCAGUUAAUAAUUAUUUAUUUAUGCAUAUAAGAUCUAUGGCAGGGACACUGGUUUACACAGCAUCGGCAGAGUGGUUGUAGGGGAACAUUGCAGCCAUCAAGCGAGCCCACAUCACUACUGGCACUGGCAACACAGCUAGCCAAAAUAUUAAUUGACGUUAUAAUAUAAAGUAGGAAGUUUUAGUGAUUUAAAAAUGUGUUUGGUUUUAGAAAAGGAACAUUUAUUUUAUUUUUUAGGCGUCCUGAGAGACUUUUUCGGGACACUGGGUACAAUCAUGAAAAAACUGGAAAAUCACGUUUUUACGGGACAUUUCUUCACCCUAGGUUAGGUAUUUUCUUUGCUUGCUUAUAUUGUGAAUAGUUUGGACUGAGUACCUCGUUUGAUAUUUGUAAUUAGACUUAAGUACUAUAACUGUUGACAACAGUUAUAGUACUUGAGUCUAACUACAAAUGUCAAACGAGGUACUCAGUCCAAACUAUUGAAUUGUCAAUACUACAAUAUGAGCAGGCAAAGAAAAUACCUAACCCCUCCUACUGAACUCACAGUCAGAAACUGUGUUGUAAUUAAAUAUUUUAUAUUACUAAUGGCUUUGCCUAAAUAUUUUAUUUUUUUUUGGUAGUAGGCCAAGUAAAAAAAAAUUAUAUAAUUAUUAAUACAUAUUAUGAUAUAUAUAUAUAUAUAGCCAUAGUCUAAGUAUAAGAGAUUUUUUCUAGGCCCUUUAAUUUUAAUGCCUUUAUGAUCAGUAUAGAUAGUAGUAGCAGUAUAGUAGUAUAAAAGGUUUAAAGUCCAAAAUGUGUAAAUAGGUUAUUAACAUAUAAGGCAAAGUUUUACGCCUACGUACUCCUGUUUCAACUUAUACAUUAUAUGACCAUUUUCACAUAAGUAUUGAUUUAGUACUUGUCUGCUAAUUUUUCUAUCUAUAUUUGACUGUACAUUAAACCAAUAAACUUUAUUAAAAGUAUUUCCAGUUUUAUAAUUUAUAUAGUCUUAAUACUAAUAGUUUUAUAAAGAUACAUAUGUGUGACUUUGACCCCACACUUCUAAUUCCCUUUUUAUUGUGCAACAGGUAUCAGCAGACAAUCAAGGUCCCUUAAAAAUUUAAAAUUGACGGUUACUUAGUCAAUAUGGAAGAAAAUGCAGAGGAAGGUUUUCAGUACCAUAUUGAAGUGCAAGAAGGCGUGGAGGGGGCAGAUGGGGAGGUCAUUAUAAUUUACAAUUAUGAUGGUGCUGAGUUAACGCCGGAGUUGCUUGCUAAAACUCUUGAAGAGCUUUCUACACAAACUAGUUUACAGAGGUCUGCUCUCAAUCGGGGUCAGUAUGCACAACAAGGAGGGGCUGUUGUAUGCCUCCCAAGUCAAGAUGAACUAAAUAUUUCUGCUCAGUUGGACCCAGAAAUGCUGAGUGCUCCUGUGAUAAAAAUAGAGGAUCAAGAAUCACUUCUGAGUGUAGAUAUACAAGGUCCAUCUCAUAUCUCCACAGAUUCUGUAAAUCUAAGCAGUAACAAUGAUGAUAGAGUUAAUAAUGAUAAAAAACCUGAUCUGCAAAUUUUAAACAAAACUGGAAUGAACAUGAAAGAACAGAGUUUUGUUGAAUCGAUUGCAGUUGAGGUAGACCUUGAAAAAGUAAAAGUAGAAAAUAUUGUGAAAGAUAUAACAGGUAAGAAAGAUGCAGUGGACAAUGGAUCUGUUGAAUCCUAUUCUAAGCCAAUCAACCAACAAAGUGUACCAUUAAUUAAAGUUGAAGAUUUAAAUGAUGUUCUAUCUGAUAAUGAAGACAAAGAAUACACAUGUAACCAAUGUAGUUUUAACUGUAAAAAAGAGAUAGAAUUACAAAGACACAACAAAUUAGAGCACAAGGAGAAAGAUCCUUUUAUCUGCAGACACUGUAGUAAAGCAUUUCAUCUCGAAUUAAGCCUGUCUAUUCACAAGCUUGGACACCUAAAAUACAAUUCAAGCCUGGACCCAAGAAUAGACCCAGGUUUUAUUCGCAAAGUCAUGAAAUUUUUCUCCUGCCCACUUUGUGACUUCCAAUACCAAAAAAAGGUUCAGUUAACCCACCAUAUGAAAAAUGUUCAUCCAGAUGAAGAGUACCACCGAUGUAGUAAAUGCAAUUUUUCAUGCCUGACCGAAGAUGAACUAACUUCACACUUAUCAUCUCCAGCACAUGAAGAAGAAAGCCGCACACUGUGUCCCUUGUGUGGUACAGCCACAAAAGAUAUUCGGCAACACAUUCGCCGAACACACAAUGACAAUCGGCCUUUUUUGUGUACCCAGUGUGGAUUUAAGGCUAAAACUUUUACACAUCUUAACACUCACAUGGUCAUUCACGAUCCGGUCAAGAGAAUUCAGUGUGACAUAUGCGAUUAUAAAUGUCGUACUAAAGACCAGCUUAAAAAACAUCUUGUCAAACAUUCAACAGAAAAGGAAUUUAAGUGCAAUUUGUGUCAUUUUGCCUGUAAAACUAGUAUGAGUUUAAAACGUCACAUGCAAAUUCACAAAACCCCAAAUAAAUAUGUGUGUUAUAUCUGUGAGUUUACAACGCACGACAAGCUUAUUUUACGCCGCCACAAAGCCCAAGAACACAUUCUCAAGGCAUCAUACAAGUGUCGGGAGUGUGACAGUCAUUUUGAAAGAAUUGUUGAGCUAAAAAAGCAUGCACUGGCCGAGCAUAAAAGUGAGAAAACAGAGUUUUGUUCCUACUGUGACUUCACUGGUCAGACACUGGAAGAGCUUAGAAUACAUAUGCAAAGUCACUUUGGUAAGUUCCCUUUUAAGUGUGAUGUGUGUGGCUACAUGUGUAGGUUGAAGGCAUCAUAUCAUCGUCACAUUGAAAGACACAACAAGGUCAAGAAAUUCAAGUGCACCCUCUGUACAUAUGCCAGUGUUGAGAAAUAUGAUCUCCAGAAGCACUAUGCUCACCGCCACUCGGAUGAUAAGCCACUCGCUUGCCCAUAUUGUUCCUAUCGGUGCAAGUUCAAACCUCGCCUAAACAAUCACAUAUCAUAUGUGCACUCCGACAUCAAGCCGUUCUUCUGUAAACUCUGCCCAUACACAGGCAAAUCUGCAGAGAACUUGAAGAAGCACAUGGUGAACCAUGGUGUGGUCAUCAAGUCCCUACAGUGUGUACUGUGUGAUUAUGCUACUGCUGAAAAGGCGAAGUUGAAGCGGCACAUGCAAGUGCAUGUUAAAAAGGCAAUAUUUCAAUGUGCUUAAAUGCUUUUUUGAGCAACUAUCAAGGUGGAUUGGAGAAUGUUAAUGUAAGGGACCAUAUCUUUGCUUUGUUUAUUCUGUCCAAUGUACUUACAAAGAGAAAUACAAUGAAUGGUUAAUAUUUUCAAAUCUAUUUAAAUCAAUGAUUCAUUGAAUAUCUCAACAGCAAUCGAGGCAUACAUUAAUUAGAUUUAAUAAAACAUAAAUAUAGUUUCCAAGUCCAUAAAUUAUGUAUAUAUUAUUAUAACAAAGCACUUGCUUAUAAUCUUAUAACACAGCCAAGAGUACCCCUUUUUGUAUCAUCUGAUCUAGCCACUUCUGAUUUGAUUUUAUUUCACUUUAGGCUUACGAUUUAUAUUUGCAUAUAUUUAGUAGGUUUUAUCACAUGGUAAGAUUGAUAAGAAUUAACAAAGUCCAUAAGCAAUGUUAUUUUGUUAUCUGUUACAGUUUAUAAUUCAAAUAAUUCAAUUAAGAUUUCACAAUUAUUUUGACAUGCACCCGGUACCAGUAGUUGAUGUAGUUAAGCAUGGGAAAAAAUCAAGUACUUAAGCAUACAUCCCCUGCCGAUGUGACUAAGGUUAGUCAUACAUGUUCCUUCCAGCCUUCCAUUUUCAUACAAUCAGGAUUCUUUUGGGUUGACUCACCAGUAUACAUUCAAGACUUUUUUGUUUGAUUAGAUUUGGAUAGCUGUUACAGAAACACUCACUCAGGUUUACUGAGUCACGAGUGUUCAAUGACAUUCUUAUAUUUAUUUUCUACGGACAUUGUUUACUGGAUCUUGUAUCUUUAUAAAUUUUUACUAAGUUAUUACAUCCUUUAUGCUAGUAAAUUAACUACCGUACCUGUAAUGUAUAAAAAUAAUUUCAUAGUCGAUUAAUAAUAAAGAGAAUGUUUUUGUUACUUUUUUUGUGGGAUCUGUUAUU